AUGCUCCCCGUCUACCUCCUGUUCCUGGUGCUGGUACCUGGCGCUCUGCUCCUUGCCUCAUUCCUGCGCAAUCAGUUCUUCCACCCACUGAGUAAGUUCCCGGGCCCUUUCUGGGCAGCGCACACGGAUCUAUGGAGGGUCUACCACCUGUGGACCAGGCGCAUGCCGGACACCAUGGUGCAGGUGCACGAGAAAUACGGGCGGGUGGUGCGCGUGGCCCCGAACGAGCUGAGCUUCCAGGGCGUCGAGAUCCUCGACCAAGUCUACAAGGGCGGGCGGCGCUUCAUCAAGAGCAAUCUCUACGACGGGUUCACGACCUUCCACCCGAACUCGUUUGGGACUCGUGACGAAGACCUUCACGCGAAGCGGCGUCGCCAGAUGGCGCACAGCUUCUCCGUCGCUUCUCUGGCGCAGAUGGAGUCCAUCUUCAAUCGCCAUCUCAACAACCUCAUCAGUGCUAUUGCCGCACAGGGCUCCAAACCGUUUGACCUGAAGAAUCUCAUCGGGUAUUAUGCGUACGACGUCAUGGGCGAGUUGGUCUUCCACACCGAGUUCGGAUCUCAAGAAGCCCAAGAUCCUGCCAAGCUGCCACCGAUCAACGAGCACAUUUUCCUGGGCUGCCUCUUUGGCAUGCUCCCGUCCCUGCUGCCGUAUAGCAUGAGACUGGCAAACCACAUCCCGCUCCCGUGGCUGCAGAAUCUCCUGGAGAGCAGGAAGGCGCUGCGGGACAGGACAUCAGCGUGCGUUGCCCACGAAAUGGCCAGAGAAAAGAUCAGCGACAAGCACAGCAUUCUGACCAGGCUCAUCCGUGCGAAGGACCCCGAAACCGGUGAGCGGUUGUCGGAGGUGGCAGUCAGUUCGGAAGCCUUUGCGUUUCUGGUCGCCGGGUCACACACCACAUCGGGUACCUUGACUCUAUUAUUCUAUCAUCUGUUGCACAAUAAGAGCGUGGCAGACAAUCUCACCAAAGAAAUCACAGCAUGCAUCCCCUUCAAGGAUACAGCUGGGGACUCGUUACCGGCUUAUUCAGGAUUGGAAUCGCAGCUACCGUACGCGACGGCUUGUAUCCGGGAGAAUUUCAGGAUUUCCCCGGUUUUCACCAUGCCGCUACCGCGCACUGUGUGUGAUCCCGAAGGCGCGGUGAUUGAGGGGACCUAUGUUCCUCCCGGGACCAACGUCUCGAUGGUCAACCAAGUGCUUCAUCACAACGCCUCCGUUUGGGGCACUGAUCACAACGUCUUUCGGCCCGAGCGGUGGCUUGAUCCGGCAAAGCCACUGUCUCCCAAUGAUCUCGCCCCCUUUGGCGCUGGUCAUCGAGCAUGCAUAGGCAGGAACGUGGCGAUGAUGAGCAUCGUCAAAGUGUUGACGGCUGUGUGGCGCCGAUACGACCUUGAAGUCAUCGAUCCCGCGGAAGAACUGAUCGUGGAGAGCGUGGGCAUAGGAGAGAAGCAGGGACCCUUGAUGGUUAGGGCUAAAUUACGGGCAGAGUGA